AUGCCCAUCCGCCCCCACCACCACCUCCACCUCCUCCCCCUCCUCACGUUCCUCCUCCUCACCCUCUCCAACCCCCCCUCCGCCCUCGCCGACUGCGAAUGCGGCUACAUCGCCUCCACCACCAACCGCUCCGCGCACCCAACCCUAUUAUUCACCGACCUCCUCGAGACCGACUUCACGCGCCUCGCUCCGGGAGCUGGAGCCGACAACAGCCACCACCCCCCCUAUGACGAGGAUGGUAUCUGGACCCGUGGGCACACGGGCUGGGCGCGGCAGGCGUUCAACGUGAGCCGGGAGCGGGCGCGUGGGGAGUAUGGGGAGGUGUUUGACGUGGGGAACGUGCGUGUUGUUGAAGGGGGGGAAGGGGUGGGGUUGGAGUUAGUGGUGAGGAGUGGGGUGGUGGAUGGGAUGGUGGCCGGGGCGGAGCUGGAUACCGAGAGGUUGGAUUUGAGGUGGGGGACGUUUAGGGCCGUGAUGAAGGUCUCGCGGGUGAGGGGGACUUGCGCGGCGUUCUUUUGGUAUUUCAACGAUACGCAAGAAAUCGACAUGGAGUUCCUUUCCCAAGACUUCAACCCCUCCAACGGCAGCUACCCAGUCAACCUCGUCCUACAGUCCCGCGAGGCAGCGCUCGCCGGGUACGACGCAGCGCAGACGGGCAACUUUGUGCGGACCGACCUGCCGUUCGACCCCACGACAUCCUUCCACGAGUACCGCAUCGAUUACCUGCCGGGGCGGGUAUUCUUCUACGCCGACGGGGCGCUGCUCGCGGCCAUGGACGGGCCGGCCGUGCCCUCCUCGCCGGGCCACCUGAUCUUGCAGCACUGGAGCAACGGGAACCCGCGGUGGUCGGGUGGACCGCCGGCCGAGGAUGCGGCGCUGGUGGUGAGGUCGGUUAAGGCGUAUUUUAACUCGUCGUUGGGGCAGCGCCAGCGGGAUUGGGAGAAUCGGUGCCGGGAUCCGGCGGCGCCGGGUGCGGUUUGUGUGAUUCCGGAUGUGACGCCGGGGGAACUGGGUGCUGCGGACUGGUUUUUUAGUGAUCAGGGGAAUAUGACGAAUAAUCAGACUACUACUACAUUCGAGCAGAGCGAGGGGUCACGGUUGAAACAGCUGUGGUGGUUGACCGUAGGGUGGUUGUUGCUUGGGGCGAAGAGCAAUACCCGAGGAGCAAUUUGCAGCGACCACCCCAUCCAUUCAGCAAGUAGGAAGCAAACAGGCAAGGACGAUGGGUAUGAACAGAGAAGACAUUGA